CACCUUUACACUUCAAAUUAAACUCUGCUUUAGCCGAAAGAGCAUCAUCAUCAUCAUCGUCAGAAGUACUAAAUACAGAAAAAACUCACACACUCUUCACUCCCAAACACACACACACACACACACACUCUGACACAAAAACGUUGGCGCUGCACAAGAAAAAGGGGGUUAUAAAUCUUCUAUUUCAUCUCUUCAACAACUUUGCUAAAUUGGGUUUUUUUUUUCUUCUUUUCGGAUUGACGAAGUAUUGAAAGUUUCAAUUUUUAUGUCGGAUCUGUACGGAACUGAUGAUCGCUCUUCAUUUGAACCCGACUCCGAACCCGGGCACGAGUCGGAGGAUAUGAGCUUUUUUCUCCAUAAUCUGCUCCAUAGUACGCCGGCGCCGGCGCCAGCGCCUUCCGGGAACCGAUCGGCGGCGCAUAAUUACCGAGCUUCGGGUUCCAUGGUUAAUUCCUCCGCCGGUCCUAGCCUCAAUUUUACCGAUCCCGGCGGUGGGUUCUUCGCGAGGGAUAAGGUUGAGAAGACGUUUCCUUUAGCUGGUGUUGGAGACUGUGACGCUGUUACUUCUUCUAUGAACAGAGGAGAAUUCUCUAAUGCUAAUAAGGGAUCGGAGGGUUCAGAUACAGCAGGGAACCAGUCCCAUCAGCGUUCGUCGAAGAGGAGUAGAUCAGCAGAAGUGCAUAAUUUGUCCGAAAAGAGGAGGAGGAGCAGAAUUAACGAGAAGUUGAAGGCGUUGCAGAACCUGAUUCCUAAUUCCAAUAAAACAGACAAAGCAUCAAUGCUGGAUGAAGCCAUUGAGUACCUUAAACAGCUGCAACUGCAAGUUCAGAUGUUGACGAUGAGAAAUGGACUUGGUUUGCAUCCACAUUAUUUACCAGGGUCACUCCCAUCUGUGCACCUCCCUGUGGACUUUAAUCAGGAGAAUAUGCCAAAUGCUAGCCGAGGAGCAGAUACAUCAUCUAGCAACCAGGAUGCUGUGAUGCAAACAGUUUUGGGGUUCUCCAAUCCCAAGAUAUCAUCACAACAACUUGCUGCGCCUCCAAUGACAAAUAAUAACUCAGCCUUUCAGUUUGGAUUGGAAUCACCAAUGCAGAAUAACUAUGGAAUUCUCCAUCAAUUAACAGCUGCAAAGGAUAUUUUCCAGGAGGAUACACUAAUGCAGUUACCUUUAGAUAUAAGCUGCUCGGGCAACAACUCGUCAUCAGACGUGUCUUCAUAG